CACCAUUAGCGAGGCCUCACACCCGGCGCUCCAAGUUCGGGGCUGGAGGCGUCCUGGCUUCCUCCCUCCCGGAGGCGGGACCGGCCCCGCCCCCGCGCCCCGGGUCUCUCCCGGCGGCCCCUCCCACCUCCUAGUCCUGGCCUCCCCGGGCGCAGCGCACUCCCCGCCGGCCGCAGCCUGACACGCCGCGCGGCCCCCCAGUCUCCCGCGGCCGCUCCCCCAGGCAUGGCACAGGGCCUCGCCUCACUAUGGCAGCAGCACGGCACAGCACGCUCGACUUCAUGCUCGGCGCCAAAGCUGAUGGUGAGACCAUUCUAAAAGGCCUCCAGUCCAUUUUCCAGGAGCAAGGAAUGGCGGAGUCGGUGCACACCUGGCAGGACCAUGGCUAUUUAGCAACCUACACAAACAAGAACGGCAGCUUUGCCAAUUUGAGAAUUUACCCACAUGGAUUGGUGUUGCUGGACCUUCAGAGUUAUGAUGGUGAUGCGCAAGGCAAAGAAGAGAUCGACAGUAUUUUGAACAAAGUAGAAGAAAGAAUGAAAGAAUUGAGUCAGGACAGUACUGGGCGGGUGAAACGAUUACCACCCAUAGUGCGAGGAGGAGCCAUCGACAGAUACUGGCCAACUGCUGAUGGGCGCCUGGUUGAAUAUGACAUAGAUGAAGUGGUAUAUGACGAAGAUUCACCUUAUCAAAAUAUAAAAAUUCUACACUCGAAGCAGUUUGGAAAUAUUCUCAUCCUUAGUGGGGAUGUUAAUUUGGCAGAGAGUGAUUUGGCGUAUACACGGGCCAUCAUGGGCAGUGGCAAAGAAGAUUACACUGGCAAAGAUGUACUCAUUCUGGGAGGUGGAGAUGGAGGCAUAUUGUAUGAAAUAGUCAAACUAAAACCAAAGAUGGUCACUAUGGUAGAGAUUGACCAAAUGGUGAUCGAUGGGUGUAAGAAAUACAUGCGAAAAACGUGUGGCGAUGUCUUAGACAAUCUUAAAGGAGACUGCUAUCAGGUUCUAAUAGAAGACUGUAUUCCGGUACUGAAGAGGUACGCCAAAGAAGGGAGAGAAUUUGAUUAUGUGAUUAAUGAUUUGACUGCUGUUCCAAUCUCCACGUCUCCAGAAGAAGAUUCCACAUGGGAGUUUCUCAGACUGAUUCUUGACCUCUCAAUGAAAGUGUUGAAACAGGAUGGGAAAUAUUUUACACAGGGGAACUGUGUCAAUCUGACAGAAGCGCUGUCGCUCUAUGAAGAACAGCUGGGGCACCUGUAUUGUCCUGUGGAAUUUUCAAAGGAGAUCGUCUGUGUCCCUUCAUAUUUGGAAUUGUGGGUAUUUUACACUGUUUGGAAGAAAGCUAAACCUUGAAGAUCAAUAGCCCCUAAUCACAUGUGCUGCGAAUGGCCUUCCUGACCUCCAUAUGCUGUACAUGACAUCGAAAUGAGUCAGGCAAUUGAUUGUGAAUUCCUUAAAGUUUUCCUUUUUUUAAUAAUUAUUUUUAAUUUAAACAAGCAAAUGGCAAAUGUAUAUUUUGAUGAGCUUAGGGUGUUAUUUUUUUUUGAAAGUCAGCUGAAGGAUGGUUAGACAGCACAGCGAAGACUGCUAAAUGCACUGACCUCCCCUCCCCCCGCCAUUAGAAUGUGAUUUUUGUUCCUUUUUAUUUCUCUGUGGGCUUUUGUUUUUGUUUUUGUUUUUGUUUUCGUAGAUCUUCAAUUUGGAUAUUUGGAGGAGUAAACAUCGUUGUUUUGCUGGAGGGAUGAUCUUGAUGAUGUUUCUUUCCCCAAAAAUUGACUUAGAUAUUAAAAUUUGGUGCUUAUAAGAGAGAGUUAAAAAAAUAAAUAGGAUUGCUUCAAUUAAAAUUACAAAAGAGACA